AUGGCCGACGAGGAAGGGGCCUUCGGCGACCACCACCCGCGCGUGGCCGAGCUCAGCCAGGCGCUGGCGCGGCACCUGAGCGGCCUGCAGGAUGCGGCGCGGCCGGCGCGGCUGCAGGCCCUGGCCGGCCUGCGGGAGACGGUGCUGGCGCAGCGCCUCCCGCCGCCGGUGCUGCAGGAGGUCUUCGGCAAGGUGCUGCUGCGCCCGCUGACGCGCUGCCUGGCGGACGACCCGGCCGAGCGCUGCCGCGAGCUGGCGCUGGAGCUGACCCGCCACGGCCUGAGCCGCGGGACGCGGCCCGCCAAGGCGCUGCCCUUCCUGAUGCCGGCGCUGGCGCGGCGCCUCUGCUGGCCGCGGGCCGACGGCGAGGCGUGCGAGGAGCUGCGCCUCGGCCUGCUGCAGCUGCUGGGCCUGCUGCUGGAGGUGUGCGACGCCGACGCCCUGGCGCCGUACCUGCCCGAGGUGGUGUGCGUGCUGCGCAGCGCCCUGCUCGACCCCUACCCGCGGGCCAAGCGCGAGGGCUGCGCGGCCGCCGCCGCCUGCGCCAAGGCCAUGCCAGAACAUUUUCACAUGCAGUCGGAGAGCUUGAUCAAGCCCUUAAUGCAAGCGAUUUCCCACCAGCACUACAGAGUCCGUGUCGCGGUCAUUCAGGCCACAGGAGCAGUGAUACAGUAUGGCAAUGCGAAGUCUUUCGAUGAUGUGUUUUCUCACCUAGCCCAGCGGUGUUUUGAUGACAUCCCCCAGGUUAGGGAAGCUGUCAUCAGUGUUGCUGGGGAGUGGCUGUUGCACCUGAGGGAUCGAUAUUCUUAUUUUCACAAGUUAAUCCCCCUGCUACUCAGUGGCCUUACUGAUGAAAUGCAUGAGAACAAGGAACUGGCUUUAACUUACUGGAAGAAAGUAGGCCUGCAGUGGGAAAAAGAGAAUGAAGACGAUAUUAAAGAUAAACUCGACUUCUAUGCUAUGCCUUCUUACUAUCCUCAAGGAUUGACUCGCCCAGAACUGGGCUGCCGAGAGCUGGUGACUAGAAACAUCUUCAAAAUACUUCCAGGACUCUGCCACGAUAUAACUGACUGGGUUGAAGGCACCAGAAUAAAGGCAUCCCAGCUUCUGAUUAUAUUACUGCAGCAUGCAGAAGACCAUAUUACACAGCACAUGGAGCUCCUGCUGAGGACGUUGUACCGUGUGUGCUCAGAUGGGGAAGGUACUGUGGUUAGGAAUUGUGUGAAAGCUGCAGAGCUGAUUGGAGCCUUUGUCAGCCCGGCAGUGUCUCUGAAGUUAAUUGUGUCUGACCUGGAAAAAGCACCUAUGCCUUCUUAUCUCAUGGUUCUAGCAGCAGUCAUGCAAGGCUCUCCAAAGAAGGUCCUGCAGCCUCACUUGGUGUUCCUGGCCAACACACUCUCCCGCCCUGAAAUAAGUCAGCGGUCUGAAGAGGCCUUUUACGUGGAGCAGUUGCUUUGCUGUGUACAAGUUCUCAUCAACGUGUGCCAGGAAGACUGUAGAGAAAUCAGCCUCCAACUAACAAAGCUUUUGGUAACAAUAACAGCCAUACCAAGCGCUGGACACUUGCACGUCAAGUUAGAAGAGACAAUUAAUGCAUUGGCUGAGGCACAGCGCUUAGGAGGUGCUGUUGACUUGUACCGACAACAUAUUGCUGAGCUCAUGGAGUGGGUGUCAUUAACUCAUGACCAUUGGACCUGCUACUCUCCAGAAUUACUGCAGUUGGAUGUAAUCACCUCUCAAGCAGGCCCUGUAAUUGGCGAAGCUCUUCAAGAAUUUAUGCUCAUCCUUCAAACGUGCCUUCAAAUUUCAAGAGAUCCCCGGAUGCGUCUGAAGCUUUUCACAUCUUUAUGCCAGCUGCUUCAGAAACCCAAUGAGACCAUCAAUUCUCAAGGGCAGUUUUGUAACUACCUUGAGAUGGUGAUAAAAGACAUCCUGGCUCCUAAUCUGCAGUGGCAAGUUGGAAGAACAGCAGCUGCCAUCCGCACCACGGCUGUAGCGUGCCUCUGGGCUCUUAUUUGCAGCGGACUGCUCUCUCCAAAAGAGAUGCUGAAUGUCAGAGAUGCACUGACACCUCAGAUAAUUGCCACACUGGAGGAAGACUCCAAAAUGACUCGCUUACUGUCUUGUCGAAUCAUCCAUGCUUUAUUAGACAGCUGUGGAAAAGACUUUGAACUCAGCAAAAUGUAUCCAGAACUCUUAAAGCGUUUGGACGACACGUCACAUGAUGUCCGUUUAGCUGCCGCGAAUGCCUUAACCAGCUGGUUCAGGUGUAUAAAUGAUGAUGAAAAGAAAGCACUACUGAAAGCCAAUAUUGAGGUUCUCUAUCAGGAACUGUUGGUUCACCUGGAUGACCCUGAUCAAAAGAUCCAGUCUGUCAUCCUAGAUGUUUUAAAAGAAGGAGGUACGCUCUAUCCAGAUACCUUGGCAAAAGAAAUCGAAGCAGUUGUGCACAAGCACCGCACUCCAACCUACUGUGAUCAGCUGUUGCAGCACCUUGAAUCAACAGGCUGGAGAUAUUCUGAGUCGUAAAGUUCUUAGUGGCCAUGUGCACGCUCUGAAACUGAGCCUUCCCAUACAGAGUUGACCCUUCAAUAAAUGCAGGUGUUAAAAUGGGUACAGGCUGACAUUCCUAUACCUCGAUUAUUUUAUUUUAUAAAACUGUGACAGACAAAAGAUGUAUUUUUUAACAGGAACUACUUAAGACUUUUCUAAAUAAGACACUUUUCUAUACUAUUUAUAGAAUCCUUAACACCUCUUCUGUGAUACUGAAGACACCAAAAUGAUGUUUAAAUGGGUCAUCCAGCUGUGCACCUUACAAGUUGCUUACAAGUCUGUGAGGCCCAUGUCUCAAAAAAAUGGAAGAGCUUUUGUUCAAGCUGAUGUCUUCCAGAUGUUUGGGACUGUAGUCCCCAGCAUUCACAACCAGUUCACCGGGACAGCUGGCAUUUGAUAUUCCAAAACAUCUGGAGGGCACCAGCUUGAGGAAGGCUGUUCCAAAGAUAUUUGCCAAUAAUUUAAAGACUUACCAAAGAGCAGAACUCCAAACUUCUUAGCCUUGAUGGUUUUUAACAUGGGGUUUUUAGAUCCUGGGCUUAAACCUACUAUAGAGGAAUGGCAACUGUGUUACACUGAUACUAAGAUUCAGUGUCCAGACAUACCAAUUUCAUGUAUACAUGGUGCUAGGCCAUUCAACAACAAACAAAGAUUCAUGUUCUUGCCCUUCAGAAAAUACUAUAAUUUUACUAAUAUCCUGGGCAUGUAUCAGUGUAUUGCUUUGGAUUAUAAUGAGAUGAAUGCAGUACUGUUUUGCUCUGUGAAACAUUAUUUGAGAAUCUGCAUCUAAACACAGGGUUUUAUAAGAAACAAUUACCUAUGGAGAAGAAUGAAAUCAGUAAUAUUUCUUUCUUGAUAUGUUACAGUUUGGCUUGCUACAAUUUUUUUGCUUUCUUUACCUUAGUGCCUUUAUAAAGUGAACAACUAUUUUUCUUAAUUGGUUGGGCUGGAACAAAUAGAACUUUUAUUUUAGCUAACCGUUUUAGCUUUGAUGAUAUGUUUAAUGUUUGCCCUUUGGUUUCUUAAUAUAUGUUACAUUUUGUGAUAAAGCAUGCAUCCGCAUAGCGUGGUGUUUCAGCUUCUUCCUUUAUCAGCUAUCGAGUUGGAUUUGAAACAAGGCAUCAGGAGCCCAACUUCAAGAAUGUUGAAGUAAAGAAGGUGACACCUACUCUAUGAGUGCAAAAUAUAAUGCUUGCCUCUUCUCUCCAGAUAAUGCUACAUAGUUUUAAGGUGUUGAAUCUAUAUAUCCAGAGGUUUUCACUUGCUUUAGGAUUUAAAGGGUUUCCUGUUCGACAAAUCUCACUUGGGAGUGUGAUUGAAUGCACCCUGCUAGAAACCAGGACCUAUUUGAAUGCAAGCUCUGUGGAAUAACAAUGGGGGGGAACUUGGGAGGAUGGAAUAUGUAUAUAUGCUUUAGGAAAAAUGUCUUUCAGAUAGAUACAAUAUGCAAGAGAAAGAAUCAAGGCCUUGUAUUAUCAUUAUAGUGCUCUUGCAAUCUGCACUAAGCAUUUCUGUAGUAUCCAGUAAGGAUUUCUUAAAACUUCAAAGCAUUGGCAUAUGAGGAUCAUAAAUGAAGGUACCAGCACAGGCAGAAAGAACUGGG